AUGUUGUGCAAUCUACCAUGUCGAAUUGUUUUGAUUGCUAUGAACACUGUCAGCUUGAUUGUAGGGCUGGCAUUGCUCAUACUUGGAGCCUUGAUGGUUUGGGGUCAAACUGUUAUACAAUCUCUAUUGAAUAAUUUCGUAACCAAUCUAAUUCAUCAAUAUAUUAAAGGAAGCGAUGGUGGACAAAUUAAUGAACUGGUUACAAGAAUACUGACGUCUACUUCUCCAGUUGGUUUAGCAGUCUUUAUACUAGGUGCUGUUUGUACAGGUAUCUCAAUAUUUGGUUAUUGUGGAGCCUGUUGCAAUAUGAAGAUACUACUUUAUAUAUACGCAAUUCUAGUAGGAGCUUUGGCACUUGCUUUUCUGGUUACAUUCAGUGUGUACUUCUCUCGUAAAGAUGAGAUUGGCAACAAAGCAGUUGAAAUGUUCGAGACGAGUGUAAAGAAUUAUCAAUCAAUGGAAGCAAAUACACUGGACAGUCUAGUAGUUGGCUUAAUCUCACCUCCGCUUCAAUGCUGUGGUGUGGAUGGUGGAAGUGACUUUAAAAACUCACCUAAUUUCUGGAAAAAUGACACUUACGGUGGUAAAACAUAUACUAAUAUUGAAUAUCCUGUACCGUGUUGCAAAAUGAAUCAAAAUUAUGCAAUCAGUGAUUCUACAUGUCCAGGUCAAUUUGAUGAUAAUAACAGUAAUUAUAAAAAUGGUUGUAGAGGUCCAUUGAAAGAACUUUUCCUUAAAUAUAUGGAUUAUGUAGCUUAUGGAUUAAUUGGGGCAUUUGUUUUAUUGUUGCUCGUUGUUCUAUUCACAUUUUUAACCAUUUGUAUUGAUGUUAUCUGAAUAAACAAACAAACUAAACCGACAAAAAAACAAAACUAAAUGAAAUGGAAUUCAAUAUUCAAUUGAUUGUUUAAUAAAUCAUUAAAACAUAAUUAAUUGUUUGUCUAUACUCGGUUAAGAAUUAAAUACUCAAAUGAAAUGAUCACUUUUUGUUGGACUUCGCCUUUAUAAAACAAAAUAAAAGUUAAUGCCUUUGCAUAGUUGAUGUAUACAUCUAUGCUUUUAUGAAUGUAUGUCUGUAUGUAUGUAUGUAUGUGUGUGUGUAUGUAUGCAUGUAGUUGACAGGUUCACUUUUCACAUUUCCAAUCUCUUCAUAAGACAUUUUUUAUAACUAUUAUUAUUAUUAUUCAUUGUAUCACUGCUGUUAGUAUCAUCAUCAUCAUCAUCAUUCCUAUUAUAAUGUUAAAUAAUCAACCAUAUUUCAUAGAAUUGAACUGAUAUGGUGAUGAUGAUGAUCAUCAUCAUCAAUCUUGUUUAUUACUUUUCUUUUAAUCUUUCUUUCCAC